UUCCCUGAGAUAGAAACUGUCUCUGUUCAUUGUGGUUCAGUCUGUUGGAGGAUGAGGAUGAACAUCUGCAGCUGCCUGUUAGCUUUAGUUCUGGGCUGUAAUGUGACAGCAGAAAUAAUCCAUCAAAUAGUCGAAGAGGAGCAACAAGUCUCUCUGCGUUGUUCUCACUCUGUGGAGGGUAAAGUGACGUGGAGCAGAGAGAUUAAUGGAAACACAGUUGACAUAUUUAUAGUUGAUGGUGAAAGAGAGCAAAGAUUCAAUGACCCCCACAAACGAUACGGUUCAUUAGCAGAUAAGUCACUGCACAUCUCUAGAGUUGCUGUCUCAGACUCUGGAAAAUACUUGUGUAAUAAUGAAGCAGCUGUGGAACUGACGGUGAUCCCAUCAGGAACAACAACAGUCAGUAUUGCAGAGAAGUCCAGCGUCACUCUGACAUGUCCUGAUGGAGGGUCACAUGUUCCAACAUGGACCAGAGAGAUUGAUGGAAAACAACAACAAAUCAGGCCUCAUGUUUCAGCUGUUCACAAGUAUCUGAAUAUACCAGACGUGCAGCCUGGUGACUCUGGACUGUACUACUGUGAUGGAAAACCAGCUGCGUAUCUAAACGUGAUCAAAGGUGAUCAGUCUGAGAGAGAUGAUGAUGAAGGAUCAACAUCACCACCAGCUGCAAACACAGCCUCUCCUUACCUGUGGCAGAUGCCUGUUCGUGUGGUGAUCGUAAUACUUUCUUUAAUCCUGAUGAUCAGCAUCACCGUCACUAUCUGGAGAAGAGCGCAACAGAUACAGAAGCAACACACAGCAGAAACAGAAAAUCAUCUCUGAUCCUCCAUCACACAGAAACAAGAGCGGUAAAAACCAACCUGUCAACAGUGUUCAUCCUCAUACAGUCUGACAGGAAACAGGUCUGGUUGACAGAGGUGGUGAACAACCCGCACAGCUAAACAGUCUCUUUCUCUCUUUCACAUUGACUAAACUAUGAGCUUUGGGCUAAAUUUAUAUUCCAACUAAAUAUGAAAACUGAAUAUACUUUUAAAAGAAUUACAAUUAUUAUUGUAGUGAUGUUGACUUACUGUUACUUUGCAUUUACGCAUGCAGCAGGGGAAGAAAAUAUGUAGCCGCAAUGUCAUGACAGCUUAUAUAUGGACAUUUCAGUAUUUAGAAAUAAAGCAACUUGCUGCAAACCUUUAAAAUGACUUGUAUGUGUCAUUUUUGCAUUUCUGAAACUUUUUUUUGCCUUUGACAGACAGCUCUGGCUAG